UCCGAAUGGACCUUUUCCCAACCAACCGCGCUAGUCUUCUAAUCUUAUCUCCGGAUCCCCAACUAACAAACCGUCAUUCACCUAAAUUCCCUCCCUUCCCCAAAGCGCCACGACCAGACUGACUUCAACCUCUUUAUCCUACCUCUCCGACUCUCCCUUAUCCGAUAUCCCUUCGCUCGAAGACUCUCCUGUCCUCACCUUUCCCCUUCUCCCGAAGCCCUACCCACCAGACCGUAAAAAACCACCGAAACGCAUACGCCUAGAUCAACGCAUUUCCCCCGGGACUAAGAUCGGAGGCGACGAAAUCCCGCCCGUUGAGGACUCGUCAUCACCUUGGCAGCAGACCUACGCACAAGUAUAUCGAGACGAUGCCGCCCACCGCCACCCUCUUCCGCGGCGCCCGGCCCGUCUUCCACCCCGCGGCCUCCCGCGCUGUCUUCCGCCGCAACUUCUCCCGCGGCGGCCGACGCUUCGCCAGCACCGCGUCCGCCGGCGACGCCGCCGCCGCCCAGCCGCAGACCUGGUUCCAGCGCAUGUGGAACAGCCCCAUCGGCCUCAAGACGGUGCACUUCUGGGCACCCGUCAUGAAAUGGGUUCUCGUCCUCGCCGGCAUUUCCGACUUCGCGCGUCCGGUCGAGAAGCUCUCGCUGACGCAAAACGGCGCGCUCACCGCCACCGGCCUCAUCUGGACCCGCUGGUGCUACAUCAUCACCCCGCGCAACUACCUGCUCGCCGCCGUCAACUUCUUCCUCGGCUGCGUCGGCCUCACCCAGCUCGCCCGCAUCGGCAUCUACCGCGCCUCCCAGAGGAACCUGCCCGCCCCCGCUAAGGCCGAGGCCGAGGCCGAGGCCGCCCCCGCCGCCGAGCAGGCUGUCAGGUCGUGAGCUCACCCAACGCUCAACCAUACAUUCAGUUAUUUAUACGGAGGGGGGCGGAUCGGAUAACGGAUAAGGGACCCUCCCGCUGCAGCCUCGAUGUGGCGGAGAGGAUGGAUGGGGGGAAGGGAACGACGACGACAACAACUACUCUGGAGAGUGGUUGCGUCCCGUCAUGCCGACUGGUAGAUUCGAGGUCGAGUACACACUCGAGAACAUUUCAUUAGCACUACGGCGGGGGGCGGAAGGCAUCAUAGACUACAUAGGGGUACCAGGAUAGGACAGGUGGCGCAACCCGACCUGAGGGAGCAUAGACGAAGACGGCGUGGGGGAAGGCCUCUCUCGUCAGAUCUCGGGUUAAGUAAUCCCGAGUGACUGAAAAACAGGGCUACCAGCCCGCGGUAGUGUAAUUCAUCGAAGUCGAUCAUUUGCCUGAUUUCUUGUCCUCACGGCUGGCAGAGUCUCGCGGAUCAGAGAACUCGCUUAUUAUAGCUUUGAGUUGUAGCACUGGACCUGCUCGCCCUAACUGCUUACUUGCCUAACGCUUCACAAACUGCACUCAGUGCAACGGAGACGCACCCUAGUAUCAGUAGGCCUCGAAUCUCUAAAACCGAGCGCAGCCCUUCCUGGGAAAGGGAGGAGGGAAGGGGGGAGGUGUUGUCUAGUCAACGAAUCACGUCAAGAGCUUUAUUUGAGUUGACA